AUGUCAUCUUAAAAUUCUCGAGGCAUCUCGGCAGAUAUCUAACUCUAUAGUCCUAAUAGUGCAAACACUUCCACUACAAAAGACGAUGAGCAGCUUCAAGCAGAUCGUUUACUUGAAGAAAAUCUCAAACUAAACUCUCUGAGACAUGCUGAGUCACAAAAUAACACAUCAUCUGGCUUUGAACUCCCUUCUGAAUUCAAAGUAAAGUGGGAAAAUUUGAUCAAGGAAUAAAUCAUGGACACAUUUGGGGAUUAUUUCGACUAAAUCAAUGUCUUGACUGCUUUGGUUUAAUAUUCAUUCAGAUCUGUGUAAUAAGUGAUUAAAGAAGCCUUAAAUGAAAAAUUAAGUAAUGUGAUCAAGUUAUUCAAUUUACAGACAAAUGACAAAACACAAGGAGACCUUCAAGUACUCUUAAAACCCUUUCUUAAAAACAAUUAUAAAGAAAUAUUCAGAGAUUAAUCACUAAUUGAUAAAAUUAGAGAUAAUUUCCUGAAAUAGUUAAAGCUAGGUUACUUUUCUGAGGAUUAAUUAGAAUAAAUCGAGUGCUCAAUUGAGGACAACUUAAGCAGUCUGAACUAAUACCUCAAUCAUGUCAAAAUAAUCAUUUUGUAUAUGGAGAUCAAUGAACCAUAGAUAUCUCUGUAGGAACUUAAAUUGCCAGAGAGGAGUGAAUAAUUGGAUCAAUUCCAUCUUAACCAUUUUUAUGCAGAUAGCUUCAUGACUAUAGAUGGCUUUGAGAAAGAUGGAAAUCCUUGUGCUAUAAUUUUAAAUCAACCAAAAAUUGGAAAUGGUUCGUUCGCUGGAAUAAAACCAGCAGUGAUUAUAUAUAGUAGAGUUCCAGAUGGUUACAACCCAAUUCUGGUGGAUAUAAAAACUCAUAUGCUUGGAGAUCUUAACAAAAUUAUCAAUGCAUCUGUACCUAAUUUUUAAAUUCGAAAUCCACUAGACAAUCCAUUUGAUUUAAAGCCCUUCAAAGAAAUGACAAUUACUCCCAGGCAAGAGAAAAAAAUGAGUCCAACAAUCAGUAUCUAAAGCUAAAAAAUGGGAGUAUAGUGCAUGCCUCCAGCAUUUACUAUCACAUUAAAAAAAGAAAAAAUCUAAAUACCAGAAAUAUAACAUAUUGUGACUAAUGAAGAAUAGGAGGAAUCUGAUGAUAAUGAUAAUACUGAAAAUGAGAUACUUAAUGACUUAAGUCCCACCAGAAUUUAGAAAGAAUGUUUAGAUUCGCAUAGAACACCUAUUAAUGAAGGUGGUAAACUUUAAUCAUUGAUAAAUUGCUUGAGUGAGUUUAGUUCAAAUAUAAAGCUAGUCAACUAAUCGAAUACUGAAAAGUCAAAAUCUGCCUAGUCAAGGAAUUCCCAGUAGAAUAAUUCAUCAUUCACCACUCAAAAUAGAAGCCUUGAGAAUAUCUAUGUUAACUAAGCUAGCACCACUAAGAACUCUGGUAAAAAGGUACCUAGAAAACAGAAGAACUAAAGUUUGUAUGAUAAUCUGAAUAAUCUAUAGAAGGCAAACUACCAAGGUUCAAGGUUCAUCUAAUGUUCACUUAACUUCUCAAAAUUUCUAAGAAACGUUGAAUAAGAUUCCCCUAAUGUAAAAUAAAAAGCCUUGAUUUAUCAAUAUGAUGAUGAAUCUUAGUUAUUUAAAUAGAAUAAGCAUGAGGACUCUAUUCUUAUGGUAAAACAAUUUAACCUCUCAAGUCAUCAAGAGCUAAAUAUUAAUGUGCAAUCAAACUAUGAUAGUAAGAUUGCUGAUAAGAACUCAUAAACUGUAGCGAAAAAGAGAAGGGAAACUAUUAACUAUAUACCAUGCUAAAGUCAUAACAAAAAUCCAAAUCAUAUGAUGAGUUAAGAGUUUAGUGAUAUGAGUAAUUAUCAAGGAUCAAGCACUUAGCUAGGUCACAAUAAGAGCCAGUAAAAAUAGAGCAACUAUAUUGUGAUGACUAGCAAAAAUGGUUCGGCAAGUGCUACUUAACAUUAUUACUAAGGCAAAAGCAAACAGCUGUAGUCUUAAAAAGACAGAGGCUCUAAUUCUAGUAUAUAAAGAAAUCAUAAGCUAACUUAAAGCUCUUCAAACACUUAAGAAAAAAGAAGAUAAUCUCCUCUUCAUGAAAGAAUUGUUAAAUAAGGUCAAAUACUGAGAAGAAAACCUUCGGUAAAUCCUACCUCAGCCUCAACAAUAGUUAUCAAGACAACAAAAGAUUAAGACUUCUCUCAGACUAUAGAUGGAAGAAUAAAGACGAAGCAAAACCCUACCCCAGUCAAUGGAUCAUUUAAGGGGAUACCUCCAACUUAGUAAUAAUAAAACUACAAAAAUUGUAAAAUGCAAGUGAUUGGGCCUUAUGGCUAGCAAAUUGUAACAUCAUCCUAGUUGCACAGUCCAAGAAAUCAUCAUAAAAUGAGCAGUAGAAAGCCCUGA